AUGGCGGUCCGUUACCAUAACAAAUCGCCGGUCGAAGAUAUGCAGCUGCAAACACGAAAAGAGCGCAGAUUUCUACAAACCGAGGCGGACCUAUCUGAUCUCGCGGGCAAUGUGUCGCCAACAUCGCCAAUGUCGCCCCAGGUGACGGCGACCAGCAAGCUGAACGACAUGCUCUCGUACCUGGGCUCGAGGAACCCGAUGCCGCGUCAGGUCGCCAAGGACGACACGGUCUGGCUUCUUGACAACACGGCAUACCGCAACCAAAAGACAGGAGGAGGAUGGGAGGCCGAGUUCGUGUCGGCCGUAUUCGCACAGCACCCCUCGUGCGUUGUGAUCGAGGCCGUCGCGGCGGUCGCAAAGGAGCUGGACCUCGACGAAAAGGAUCCAAACUAUUCCACCAUCAAGGAGCGCAUACUACCCUUCUUGCAGGAUAUCAAGCCCGGCACGCAAGUCAAGGCACUGGAGAAUGGACACAACUUGAUGAAACUGGGACCAGGAGGCAGAAAUGGUAUUAGCAAUGAUAUCAAGCCGCUUAAAGGUCCCGACAGCGAUGGGCUGGUGAAGACGUACGCCCAGGUACCUCUGGGCGCGGACGGUGUGCUGGAGCUAAACACGUUCUAUGCGGAACCAGAGGGCUGGGGGGUUAUUUCUGCAGAUAUUGACGACACGAUCAAAAUUAGCAUGACUAGUGAUCCGAUUGGCAUCCUCCGCUCAACUUUCGUCGACAAGCCCACGCCGUGUCCUGGAAUGGCCGAGCUUUAUGCCUACAUGGAUUCGCUCAUCCGCAAGACGGACCCUCCUUACUUUUACCUAUCGGCCUCGCCAUACAAUUUGUACCCGUUCCUGCGUGAUUUCCGAAACCAAGCUGGAUAUCCCCAGGGCACCAUCAUCUUGCGGGACUCGAGCUGGAGUAGCAUUCCCGGACUGCUGUCGAGUUUAACCAUGGGCACCGAGGGCUACAAGGUGGACCGGAUGAAGAAAAUUCGCGGAUGGUUGCCGAAGAGGAAGAUGAUUUGUAUUGGCGAUUCGACACAGUCUGAUCCCGAAGCCUAUGGAGAGAUCUAUCGCGCAUUCCCGGGCUGGGUGAAGCUUAUCCUCAUUCGCAAAGUCACAGAUAUCGCGGCCAUUGGCAUCGAAUCCAAGAACGAGCCCGAGAGAUUUGAAAAGGCGUUCAAGGAUGUACCCAGGGGCAGUUGGCAUGUUUUUGAAGAUCCGGCUGAGUGCAGGAACAUCCUGGCAGAGACUGUGGUCUUAGAGGAGUAG